GUCUUUGUUUUUGAAUGUGUAAACUCUGUUUCCGAAUAUUAAACUGAUCCACACGAAAUGGAAAGUGCACUCUGCACCAGAUGCUUCAGCAAUUUGUUUGUGCAGAAGAAUUGUUGAGCUGCAGACAAUGAUGAAAGUUUUGUUCCUCGUUCUGUGUUCAGGAAUUUUGCAGUUUUCAUUAGCUGCAUACCGUCUGCGAUACUUUAAUGAUUAUCCAGAAGAGAGACUGAACUGGACUGACGCAAAACAAUACUGUGUUGAAGAGGGAGGAUCAUUACUGAGUCUGCAUGAUGAAGAGGAGGAGAGGAUGAUAUUUAAUUACACUAACCCCGGACCUGGGUUUUGGAUUGGCCUCAAGAAGAAGGAUAAUUAUACUCUCUUUUGGUCAAAUGGAGAAAUUGUCAACUUUACCAAGUCAACAGUAAACAUUAGUGAUGUAGAUCAACUCUGUGAAGCUUUUGAAAACGGUUCAUGGAAGGGUGUUAAAUGUUCAGAAGAAAAAGCUUUCAUGUGUAAAAGUGGUGAAAAUUUCGUCCUUGUAGACGAUGUUGAGAGAAACUGGUGCCAGGCAAGGCAACACUGCAGAACACAUUUCAACAAUUUAGCGAGUAUCAUGGACGAACAGCAAAAUGAAGACCUGCGACAAAAAAGUCGAGGAAAAAACGUUUGGAUCGGGUUUCAGCAUGACAAAUAUGAAUGGGCAGACAAAAGUUGUUCAACAUUCAGAACUAUUAGUGAUAGUUCUGACACAUGUGUCUCUUUACAUAACAAUGGGAAUGAGCUUAAUUGGAUUCCACUUGGGUGCAGUAAUGUAAAACCAAUCAUUUGUUAUAAAGGCAAUGUGAGAAUCAUAGUAAUCAAGGAGCCCAAAACUUGGGAGGACGCCCUGAAUUACUGUGAAGCCAGACAUUCACGCUUUCUAUGGAUUGAGGAUGAGGAGGACCAGAAAGCUGUUGGACAGUGGCUAAAUUUCACUGUCACUGGUUCUUUGAAGCAUUUGUGGAUCGGUCUGAGGCAGAGUUCUGUCUUUGGGUUCUGGAUUUGGAGUGACCGAAUUGCAAACUAUAAGAACUGGGAGAAUGGAAAACAGCCUGAGAUGGCUUUGUUCCGUCACUGUGGUGUGAUUGAUGCUAAAAUCUUCGAAUGGAGUGGUGAAGAUUGUAAGCUUAUGUUACCUUUCCUCUGUGAAGAGGAUAUAAUAUACAUGAAGACCUAAAAUUACAGCUUCAUUCAACAGCUGAAAGCCUAAUGAUGUCAUGUUACCACUUCCAUCCAUCUGUCUGUUUCUCU